AUGGCUGACCAUCACGAUGAUGACUUUGUGAAGAAUUACGAGGAUUAAGAUUCUUCAGGAGAAUUUGAAGCCAAAGUUAAUGAAACUAUUUCAGCUCAUAUGAAGCAAACAGUUAAUAGACCUGUAUCCAAAUCUGGUAGACCUGAAUCUAGCAGAUAUAAUGCAUUAAAUUGGAAAAAUGGAAGUGGAAACUCAAAUAAUAAUAUAAAAGAUCAAGAUUAAUAGGAUAGUAAUCGUGAAAUGGCAAAAAAUAAAGAAAAGGAAAAAGAAGUUAUUUAAGAUCAAUAAUAAAGUAAAAAUAAGCAGAUUUAUGAAGCUCUAAAAAAGUAGUCUUCUUAACAACUCCCAAACCCAGUAAUUUAAAAAAUGAGUAAAUUCAUAGCCUUUCACCACAUUUCUUUAGAAACAUUUUGGAAAUCCUCUCGAAUCUAUGUUGAACUAGAUGAAUUUGUAGAGUACUGCUUAGAUAUUGGAAUGUCAAUUCAAGAGUGGGAACUUGAAACUGUAUAGAAAGAAUUAACUGAUUAAGAUGGGUAUGUAACUAUCAAAAUUUUAUGUGAUAAGAUUUAACCUUGGCACAACUAAGAAAAUGCUAUGCUUGAAUUUAUAAGAGAAAAAGUGUUAACAAUGGCUUAAAGUUCAAAGAAGAAAUUUAGAGUUUAGAGCCAGAAGUUUGCAAGACAGUAAAGUGCUAAAAACACAAUUAGUUCUUAAUAACAAAGACCUUUGAGUGGAUAUUCUUAAGAUUUUUAAUAAAAUUAGUACAUGUUCCAUGAAAAUAAAUCUAAAGUCUACUUAUAAAAGCACAAAGAAAAGGAAAAAGAUUAAGACAAGUUUUUAAAUAUUACGAUUAGCAAGAAUAAAAACGAGCAUGAGUAUGAGGCUUUAAUAAAAAUGGGUGAAGCUAAUGAAAUACAAGAAGAACUCAAAAGUAGAAUCAAUUAUAGAGCUUAUAAAAAUUCUGAUGGACAUAUGUUGGUCCAUAUGUAUGAUGGUGAAAGAUUUGUUACAGAAAUGACACUAAUUGAAUUUAGAAGAGAACAUACUUCUUUAAAGCUUGCUUAUAACAAAUCCAAAAAUUUAAAGAUUUGGGAUGUCUUAUCUGAAAAUAAAAAGGCAAUUAAAGGCAGAGAUUUUUCAAAAAACGUUUAGAAAAAUGAACUUUAAGCUCCAGAUUAGUUAGAAACACCAGGAGGAGGAGGAACAGAAGCAGCAACAGGAAAAAAGGUAAAAGCAACUCGUCAGCAAGAGUUAAAGAAGGUUUUGCUUGAAACAAUGUGGUUAAGCAAUAUAUUAAAUGAAUAAAGUGGAAUUUUAAAUAAAAAAGGCAUUAAUGCUAAUAAUUAGCUAAAUAAAUCUUACAGUGCUCUCAACGUUAAUAGAUCGAUGAGUGCCUCUCAUCAAUUUUGA